AUGACAGCUACAAAGACAGCACCUUCUGGACGUCAAGUCAAUGUUCUAUUUGUCUGUCUUGGGAACAUCUGCCGGUCUCCCAUGGCCGAGGGAGUCUUUAGGAACAUGGCUGCCUCUCACCCUCUAAUCGAUGAGAUCGAUUCCGCCGGCACAGGUGCUUAUCAUACUCACGAACCUCCUGACUCUCGCACCAUGUCUACUCUCCGCCAACACGGUAUUAAGAACUACAACCACGCCGCCAGAAAGGUCACCAAGGAGGACUUCUUGACGUUCGACUAUCUCAUGGCUAUGGACAAGCACAACUUGCGCGAUCUCCUGGACGUGCGCGACUCUGUCCAAGCGUCCCUGAGCAAAUCCAAGAAGGCUGCUAAGGUUGCGGAGGUACGGUUAUUUGGGGACUUUGGAGCCGGUGGAGUGUUGCAUGAGCGUGUGGGAGGUGGCGAGGUGGUGCAGGACCCUUAUUAUGGGGGUGUCAAUGGGUUCGAGGAGGUUUACCAGCAGGUUGUUCGGUUUUCGAGGGGCUUUUUGGAUUACCUAGAGAAGAACCAGGGUGAUGAGGCAGAUAACUGA